GCCAAGAAACGCCCAGAUCAACGUCCAGUCAUGAUUGGUAGAAUAGAUGACACCAAUGGCGACGAACUGCGGUUACCGUUGACCAUCCCCGAAUGGAAAAAUGCCAACGCAGCUGGCGGUGGCUUGGAACGGCUUCUGUUGCUGCUGGACAAUGAACACAAGGCACAAUCCAACGCCUGGAUCUCAUUAGCGACCGAAGAGUCUGUCCGCCAACAAUGGGAGGCUGCCCAAGCAGCCAAGACCAAUGGAGCUGAUGUCCCCUUAUUUGGCGUCCCAUUCGCCGCCAAGGACAACAUCGAUGCCAUUGGCUUUCCCACUACCGCCGCUUGUCCGGCUUUUUCUAAUGGACCCGUGGAUGCCGAUGCCACAGUCAUCUCUCGGCUGAAAGGCGCUGGCGCCAUCCUGAUUGGCAAGACCAAUCUCGACCAGUUCGCUACCGGCCUGGUGGGCACUCGAUCUCCAUACGGCGCAGUGCCCAACACCUUUGACCCUGAACGUGUCAGUGGCGGGUCGAGCUCCGGGAGCGCCGUGGUCGUCGCGCGGGGCACCGUGCCUUUUUCACUCGGUACAGACACCGCCGGCUCCGGUAGGGUCCCGGCUGGUCUGAACAACAUCAUUGGUCUGAAACCAACCAGGGGCGCCAUCAGCACAACCGGCGUAUUGCCUGCUUGCCGAACACUAGAUUGCGUCUCCAUAUUUGCUUUGACGGUUGACGAUGCUCGGGAAGUUCUUGCCGUUGCCGAGGGGCAUGAUCCCUCAGACUCAUACUCUCGGUCACGGCCAUCUCUGCCUGUCGAGCUUGCCAUCUCACAAUCUCUCACGUUCGCCAUUUGCAAAGAUCCAAAUUGGUUCGGGGCCGCUGACAGAGUGUUAGCCUAUGAUGCUGCGCUCGACAGAGUAAGAGAGGCAGGAGUUGCCUUGGAGGCAGUUGAUUUCUCAGACCUGUUUGAGCUUGCAAGUCUACUCUACGAAGGCCCGUGGGUGGCCGAGAGGUAUGCUGCUAUUCGAUCCCUUAUCGAGCAGGACCCGGCAGCUCUGGACCCUACUGUCCGCAACAUCAUCCUCAAGGCCAACGGGUUCAGCGCAGCCGACCUCUUCGAUGCACAAUACAGGCGUCAAUAUCUUGUCAAGAAGAUUGCUGCGGCCUAUGCCAAGUAUGAUGCAAUCCUCGUGCCGACGGCUCCCACGUUCCCGCUACUCCGGGAUGUCGCGCAAGAACCGGUCAGGGAAAACUCGCUUUUGGGCACCUACACCAACUUUGUAAAUUUUAUGGACUGGUCGGCCCUUUCUAUCCCUGCCGGCUUCUGCGCACAAGAGCUUCCAUUUGGCAUCACGCUCAUCUCAAACACUUGGGAGGAGCCGAAAUUAAUCUCCUUGGCCAAGGCGUUCCUCUCGACGGGUAAGAGGCGCCUAGGCGCAACCGAUACCCUUUAUCAAGAGCCUGAGGUAGAAACACAAAUCCCCUCUGUGGAGAGAAGCAUUCCCUCAGAGACUAUCUCUGUAGCCGUCGUUGGAGCACACCUGCGUGGGUUUCCCCUCAACAAGGAUUUAACGUCGAGGGGGGCCGUAUUCUCAAUAGCCACGAAAACGGCGCCUCGAUACCAUCUAUUCUCCCUGGAGGCUGCCGAGGGCGCCAUACGAAAACCUGGCCUGCGGCGAGUCGGCAAAGACGAAACUGGUCACUGCAUUGAGAUCGAGGUCUGGAACCUGCCAAAGGCUCAAUUUGCUAGCUUCUUUACCACGAUACCAAGUCCUCUGGGUCUUGGCUCCAUUGAGCUUGCGUCAGGCUCCUGGGUCUGUGGUUUCAUUUGCGAGCCUGCUGGCGUGGACGGUGCGGAGGAUAUUAGCCAUUAUGGAGGCUGGAGGCACUACAUGGCAGCCAAGGAAGAAAAUCCUACGUCUCCUCUUGACUGCAAUAUCGAAGUUCCUCUACGGCCGAUCAAGUCGAUUCUGAUAGCCAACCGAGGUGAGAUAGCGGUCCGCAUCAUCAAAACCCUCCGAACCAUGGGCAUCAAGUCCAUCGCCAUCUAUUCGACCCUCGAUGCAGCAGCCGAGCAUGUCCAAAUCGCCGACGUGGCCUGGCCGCUUGUUGGUGACACUGUCAGCGAGACAUACCUUUCCCACAACCAGAUACUGGACGCCGCCAAGAAGACGGACGCAGAUGCGGUGAUCCCAGGGUACGGCUUCCUCGCCGAAAACGCCGAUUUUGCCGCCAAAGUCGAGGAAGCAGGUCUUGUCUGGAUCGGUCCGACGCCAGACCAGAUGCGCGAUCUGGGGUUGAAGCACCGAGCUCGCGAGAUCGCCGAAGCCGCUGGCGUUCCUACAGUCCCAGGCACGGCGCUGCUCAACGACAGCGCGCAGGCGAUGGCUGAAGCGGGCAGGAUCGGUUUUCCUGUCAUGAUAAAGAGCACCGCCGGCGGUGGCGGCAUUGGACUGCGCGUAUCACACGAUGUAGUAUCGCUCAAAGAGGACUAUGAGAGCGUCCAGAGACUGGCAGCUUCUAAUUUCGGCGAUGCUGGUGUUUUUAUGGAGCGGUUUGUCCAGCGAGCGCGCCACAUUGAGGUGCAGGUCCUGGGUGACGGGAAAGGGGCUGUUAUUACCGUCGGCGAGAGAGACUGUUCUCUCCAGAGGCGCAACCAGAAAGUCGUCGAGGAGUGUCCAGCCUUCUUUGUACCUCGCGAGGUACGGCAGAGAAUGCGGAAGGCUGCUGUUGAUCUCGCUUCAGCAGUCAGUUAUCGCAACGUUGGUACGGUUGAGUUCAUCUAUGAUGUUGACAAGGAGGAUUUCUUCUUUCUUGAGAUGAACACGCGUCUUCAGGUUGAGCAUCCGGUAACGGAAGAAGUCAUGGGCCUGGACCUCGUCGAGUCGAUGGUUCAGGUCGCAAGCGGCCAAGCUAUCACCUACCAACCUCAAGCUGUCGAUACUGACGACAAGUUCUCGAUCGAAGCUCGCAUUUAUGCCGAAUCUCCGUUGCAGAGCUUUAAUCCGUCGUCAGGCAAGUUGCUGGACGUCCAAUUUCCCGACAACGCCCGUGUUGACACGUGGGUUCGUUCCGGAACACAGUUGUCGUCCUAUUAUGAUCCUCUGAUUGCCAAGAUCAUCGCAACCGACUGUUCUAGAAGCGCAGCCAUUGACAGGCUUCUUGAGGCUCUGAGGUCAACAAAAAUCACUGGCGUCGAGACCAAUGUAGAAUACGUGGCCCAGAUCGUUGCAUCACCAGAGUUUAGGGCCGGCAAUUUCACCACCAAAACUCUGGAUACGUUUGCUUACCAGCCAAGAGCCAUCGAAGUAUUGGAGCCUGGUCCAGGUACGACAGUACAGGAUUAUCCAGGUCGAACUGGUUACUGGCACGUAGGCAUUCCCCCCUCGGGUCCGAUGGACAACUGCUCCCUCCGAAUGGCAAACAAGCUUGUGGGCAACGAGGAGGGUGCCGCAGGACUUGAAUGUAGUAUCCAAGGCCCGAAGUUAUUGUUCCACUGCGAUGCGGUCGUGGCCGUGGCUGGGGCUCUGGCCGAUGUCGCCAUUGAUGGGCAGAUGGUCGAUUCCACAAAAGCUAUUCAGAUCCGAAAAGGCCAAUCUCUAUCCGUAGGCAUACCAAGAUCCGGCUGCCGUUCUUACAUUGCCUUUCAAGGUGGAGGUCUUCAGGUGCCCGACUUCUAUGGCAGCCGAUCAACGUUUACGCUUGGAAGACUCGGAGGUCACAACGGGCGGGCGCUUCAGUGCGGGGACCUGUUACGACUGGAACACCAGCCAGUGAGCGAAGCAAUGCGGUCUGAACCAGUCGCACUCCCAAGACUUCCAGUCCCUACUGGCCCGGUAUCGCAAUGGAAGGUUGCUGUCAUCCCCGGUCCGCAUGGCUGUCCGGAUUUCUUCAUCACCAAAGGAUACCAGGAGCUGUUCACCGCGUCUUGGACAGUCCACUACAACAGUAACCGGUCGGGCAUCCGUCUCAGGGGGCCUACGCCGCAGUGGGCACGUGCAGAUGGCGGUUCUGCCGGCCUCCACCCGUCAAACAUACAUGACAGCCCGUAUGCGAUAGGGAGCAUCAGCUUUACGGGAGAUGAUGCGGUGGUGCUGACGGGGGAUGGGCCCAGCCUAGGCGGCUUUGUAGUGUUUGCUACCGUGAUCACGGCUGAAAUGUGGAAGUUUGGACAGAUGCGACCUGGCGACCAGAUUCAGCUCGUGCCGGUUCAUAGGAACUGGGCGCUCGAUCAAGCAGCCAUCCUGGACCAGACUGUUGAAAAACUUGUUGAUCUUCCCGACUGGUCAGCAACUGAGGCGGCUGGUACUUUAACACAGGAGCAUCUCACCUCUCAGGCAGUCACUCUUGUAGACGGAGAGGACGGAGUGAUCUGUCGGCCGUUUGGUGACCGGGCUUUACUGCUUGAGUUUGGACAGCACGACGGAUUCAAUCUACUACAAACCUUCCAAAUCGCAAGCCUCGUACGGCAACAUAAAGCAUCCCCAAUCCCGAACGUCGAAGAGCUGGUUCCCGGUGUCCGUACGUUGCUUGUCCUGUGCCACACGCUAGCAACAGUUAACAAGGCGUUGGACGAGCUCAAGUCACGGGUACCGGCUCUCAUACAAGACCUCCCGACCGCGCUCCCGUCUCGUCGUGUUCGAUUGCCAUUUGUCUUUGACGACAGUGUCUCCCAGGCGGCUGUCGACCGCUACAUGACCACGAUCCGCAGCUCGGCGCCGUACCUCCCGAGCAACGUGGAAUUCUUGCGCGAGCUCAACUUCCCCAAUGAGGGCGUGGGAGCCGUCCGGGAGGUGCUGGAAAGCGGUGAAUUUUUGGUGCUGGGGCUAGGCGACGUCUACCUUGGCUCUCCUUGCGCUGUGCCGCUGGACCCUAGGCAUCGAUUGUUCGGCACCAAGUACAACCCGUCUCGGUCCUUUACGCCCCGAAACUCGGUCGGCAUCGGCGGUCAGUACAUGUGCAUCUAUGCGACGGACUCGCCAGGCGGUUACCAGCUCCUGGGGAGGACAGCUCCAAUCUGGGACACGUAUGGAGGUGGUAGUAGUAGCAGCAGCGGAGGACCUGCCUGGAUGUUCCGGCUGCUGGACCGCAUCUCAUCCCACCCCGUUCCCGAGGAAACACUGGACGCCGCCAUCGCAUCCGGCAAGUAUCAUGAGCUCAUAAGCAUCGAGGAAGAUGCGUUGAAUCUCCAAGACUACGAAAAGUGGCUGAAAGACAACGCCCAAGACAUCGAGCAGGUCGUGCAGCAGCGUGUCCAGGCUGUGCGGAGCGCGGCCUUUUACAACGAACUCCUCAGGCCCUUUGAGGAUGCCACAGACCAUGUCGCAUCUGGCCCGGGACAAGCGGUGCUUGAUGAUUCUUCGGGAGAGGGGGUCAAGGCCAACAUCCCAGGAAGGUGUUUUCGUAUUCACGUCAAAGAAGGACAAGAGGUGAAUGUGGGAGAUGACGUGGCGUGGAUCGAGGCGAACAAGAUGGAGCUCAAAAUAUGCUCGCCAGUGCGGGGGAAGUGCACAAGGGUAUGUGUAGCGGCGGGCAGCAUCGUUAAUGCUGGUGAUGACUUGGUUGUCAUUGCUCCAGUGCCAUAGGACUGGGGGGGGUUGGCUGGAUUUGUUGAUCUUUGUCUACCUGGAGGGAGGUAGAUAUGGGGUAUUCCCAUGGACGAUGAAGCGGCCAGGCGGACAUUGAAGUGGAAUUUUUACAUGAUGGAUGAUUUUUUUUCAAUUGAACAAACAGAUUUGUUAAGCGAUAAAGCUAAAACCAUAAUUAUCC